AUGCAAAAAAACUCGAGAGCCCUUAAACCCUUGCAGUUCGCACGGGGAGCCCUGCCGACUCUAUCGCGUCACCAUUUUCUCGAAAGCCUCCGAUUUCGCCGGACCUCAUCUCCUCCGGUGAUCGGCGCCCUCACCUCCACUCUCAUCUCCCCUUGAACUCGCUUGACACCUUACUCUCUCCGGACUCCCAGCAAUUCGACCAUGCCGCGUUAAUCUCUCUCUACUCCCAGCGACCUAAGACUUGGGACGUCGCCUCCCCUCCUCCUUCCGAUUCCUAUCGACUUCGACUUUGAACAUCCAACUUCAACGCCGGCUAUCAGGUGACUGGGAUUGAUUCGCUGAGAGCCGGUUGACGGUUGAGCCGCGGAAAGAAUUAGUCCGAUCAUUCAGCAGGAACCGUUACUUCUGGCGCUACACGAAGCCGCCUCGAAGGAAAGAACCUAAACCAUUUUAAAGCAAGCGCUUUUUUAUUCCCACGUUUGUGUCUGCGCUGAUAAUCUAUUAAUCCAGAGAAAUUGCUCCGGCCUUCUUAACUCUGCGAUGGCGCGGAGGGAGGAGAAGCUACGGUGCACAAAAGAACUAUACAAUGAGGACAUGGGGCCUCGGCGGAUACAGAGUAUUAGGUUUAGUGCGUUAUCUGGCGAGGAAAUUAAGAAUUCAGCAGAAGUCCAGGUUUGGAAUAAUAGAAUCUAUGGUGCCGAUUUGAGGCCUGUUCAGAAUGGACUACUUGAUCCUCGCAUGGGUGCAGCAAACAAGGCUGGAGUUUGUACUACAUGCCAUGGCAAUUUCUCCGAGUGUCCUGGACAUUUUGGAUAUCUAAAGUUGACGCUUCCUGUUUUUAAUGUUGGCUUUUUCAAUUCUAUACUGAAUAUUUUGAAGUGCAUAUGCAAGGCCUGUAGUCGAAUUCUUCUUGUGGAGGAUGAUCGUAAGACCUAUUUGAAAAAGAUGAGGAAUCCUAAAGCUGAUGUAGCUAUGAAAAAUGCCCUUAUGACGAAAAUCAGAGACAGGUGCAAACUUUCUAUUUGUCCAUGGUGUGGAAGUAAAAAUGGUGUUGUUAAAAAAACAAAAUCUUCAUUAGCCAUUGCUCAUGAUUUUUCAAGAACUAUUGAUGGAAGCAAAGAUGAAGUUAUUGCUGCAAUGUCUCACAUCAGUAGCAAAUCUUUGCACAUUGCACACCUUCUAAGUCCUAUUAUUGUACUCUCUCUUUUCAAAAAAAUGCUUGAUGAGGAUUGUGAAUUGCUUAAUAUGUCUGAUAGACCUGAGAAAUUUAUUGUGACAAAUAUUGCUAUACCACCUGUGAGCAUCCGUCCUUCUGCUUUAGUGGAUGCUGGUGCUUCAAGCAACGAGGACAGUAUUACUAUCAUUCUGAAAGGUAUUAUUAACACCAAUUCUGUUCUUCGAGAGGAUCUUGAAGGUGCUGUGCCUCCAUUCAAAUGUUUGGAGUUGUGGGAUGCCCUUCAAAAUCAAGUUGUCGAAUAUGUUAACAGUGAAGCCCCUUCAGUUUUAAAUUCAAAAAAUCGUGGUCUUGUUCAGAGGCUUAAAGGAAAGCAAGGGCGUUUUCGUGGUAACUUGUCUGGAAAACGUACUGAAUUUACUGGAAGAACUGUCAUUUCUCCAGAUCCAAAUUUGAAAAUUACUGAGGUUGCAAUUCCUAUGCUUAUGGCAAAGAAAUUAACUUUUCCAGAACGGGUUUCUGCUCAUAACAUAGAAAAGUUGAGACAACGAAUAGGCAAUGGACCUGACAAAUACCCAGGGGCAAAUUUUAUUUUACUACCAGAUGGAACCAGACAGCAUUUACGAUAUGUGGACAAGAAAACUGCAGCUAGUGAACUAAAAUAUGGUUUUAUAGUGGAAAGGCAUUUGGAAGAUGGAGAUGUUAUUCUUUUUAACCGGCAACCAAGUCUGCAUAGGAUGUCAAUUAUGUGCCACAGGGCAAGGGUAAUGCCUUGGAGAACGUUGAGAUUUAAUGAAUCUGUUUGCAACCCUUACAAUGCUGAUUUUGAUGGUGAUGAGAUGAAUUUACAUGUUCCUCAAACAGAAGAAGCACGCACUGAAGCUCUUAUGCUUAUGGGGGUGCAAAAUAACUUGUGCACUCCAAAGAAUGGGGAGAUAUUAGUUGCUUCCACCCAGGAUUUCCUGACAUCAUCAUAUCUGAUUACACGGAAAGAUACCUUCUAUGAUCGAGCUACAUUCUCUCUAAUGUGCUCCUACAUUGGUGAUGCUAUGGAGUCUGUUGAUUUGCCUACACCAGCCAUUAUGAAGCCUGUUGAACUAUGGACUGGGAAGCAACUUUUCAAUGUUCUUGUGCGUCCUAAUGCACACACAAAGGUGUUUGUUAAUCUUAUAGUCAAAGAGAAAAUAUAUAAAAAAUAUGAGACCAUGUGUCCCAGCGAUGGAUAUGUAUAUUUUCGUAACAGUGAGCUUAUAAGUGGGCAACUAGGGAAGGUUACUCUAGGAAAUGGUAACAAGGAUGGCUUAUUCUCUGUUCUCCUAAGAGACUAUAAUUCUCAUGCUGCUGCAAGUUGUAUGAAUCGAUUGGCUAAGUUAAGUGCCAGGUUCAUAGGGAACCAUGGAUUUUCAAUUGGCAUUGAUGAUGUCCAGCCAGGAGAUGAUCUCAAUCAGCAAAAGAAGAAAAAAAUUGAUGAUGGAUAUAGAGAAUGCUAUGACCUUAUUUCUUUAUACAGCAAAGGAAAACUUACUCUGCAUCCUGGUUGCAAUGCAGCUCAGACUUUGGAACUUAGUAUAACAGAAGUAUUGAACGAAAUUCGAACUACUGCUGGAAAUGUUUGUAUGAAUGAACUCCACUGGAGAAACAGUCCCUUGAUUAUGUCACAGUGUGGUUCUAAAGGUUCCCCAAUCAAUAUCAGCCAGAUGGUAGCAUGUGUUGGUCAACAAUCAGUUGGAGGUCGUCGUGCUCCAGAUGGAUUUAUACAUCGCACUCUUCCACACUUCACUAUUAAUUCAAAGACUCCUUCUGCUAAAGGCUUUGUUGCUAAUUCAUUUUACACUGGCUUGACGGCUACGGAAUUCUUCUUCCAUACGAUGGGUGGACGAGAAGGUCUUGUGGACACAGCAGUAAAAACAGCAGAAACUGGGUACAUGUCCCGGAGAUUGAUGAAAGGCUUGGAAGAUCUGUCCAUUUAUUACGAUCAGACAGUGCGCAAUGCUAGUGGAGGUGUAGUACAGUUUCUUUAUGGAGGUGAUGGCAUGGAUCCAGCAAAGAUGGAAGGCAAAGACGGCAUUCCCUUAAAUAUGGAUCAAUUAUUUAUGAAGAUUAUGGCAACUUGUCCUCCUAGAGAAAAAAACAUGUUAUCUCCAACCGAAAUUUCAAAUUUUGUGGACGACAGAUUGGCAAAGCACGAUAUGUCACCUGAGGGUGGUUGCUCUGAUUGCUUCAAAAGAUCGUUGUCUGAUUUUGUCCAGAAGCGUGUCACUGCUUGGGAAUACACAAGGAAAGCGCUUCAACUCAAUGAAGCGGUUGUAGGGGAGAAAUGUGCCGGUGCAUUGGAAAAUGUUGCUGCUAAUAUAUCAGGAAUUUCUCCUAGACAGCUGGAGGUUUUUCUAGAGACAUGUAUAUCACGCUAUCAUUCAAAAAGAGUUGAAGCCGGAGCAUCAAUCGGUGCGAUUGGAGCCCAAAGCAUUGGAGAGCCAGGGACACAAAUGACAUUAAAAACCUUUCACUUUGCUGGAGUUGCCAGCAUGAAUGUCACACUUGGCGUUCCACGUAUCAAGGAAAUAAUAAAUGCAUCCAAAAACAUAAGCACACCGAUCAUUACUGCUGUGCUUGAAAAUGAAGAAAAUGUCUUUUCUGCACGCAUCGUGAAAAGCAAAAUAGAGAAAACAACCUUAGGGGAGGUUGCUAGAGCGAUCAAGGUUGUGCUGAAACCAGGUCAACAAUGUAUAUCGAUAAAACUUGACAUGGACCUAAUUGAAGCAUUACAUAUGGGAAUCUCUGCUGAAUCUGUGCGUCAUUCCAUCCUCGGUCAUCCAAAAAUAAAGCUAAAAGAACAGCAUGUACACAGUGUAGGGCAUGACAGGUUGAAAAUAUUUCCCCCAGAAGUCGAUAGAAUAAAGUUCCAGUCUGCACUACACAAUUUAAAAUCCAUGCUUCCCAAGGUCGUCGUGAAGGGCUUUCCAUCUGUCGAUCGAGCAAUUAUCCGUGAAGAGAAAAAUGUACACAGCCUGGUGGUUGAAGGGACGAACCUUUUAGGAGUCAUGGGUACCCUGGGAAUUGAUGGAAGAAAAACGACGAGUAACCAUGUUAUGGAAGUUGUGCGGACGCUUGGAAUUGAAGCAUCGAGGACGAGCAUCAUCAAUGAAAUUAAAUUUACCAUGAACAGUCACGGCAUGAGUAUCGAUCUUCGCCACAUGAUGCUUCUGGCAGAUCUUAUGACAUACAAGGGUGAAGUUCUCGGGAUUACGAGAUUUGGCAUUUCGAAGAUGAAAGAAAGUGUGUUGAUGCUUGCAUCGUUUGAGAAAACCGCUGAGCACUUGUUCAAUGCUUCCUAUGCUGGCCGGGACGAUCAAAUAGAAGGCGUGAGCGAGUGUAUCAUAAUGGGCAUCCCCAUGCAGCUCGGUACCGGAAUACUUAGAGUUAGACAAAGAGUUGACAAUCUUCCUGAAUUGAAGUAUGCACCUGAUCCAAUUUUAAGCUGAGAGUUUUAGUCAAGCGGCAUUCGAGUUCAUCCAUGCACUACUAAAGAUAUGUUAAAUGUACAUUAUUUUUCAUAGCUGGGAUAUCGAAAUUUUGUAUACUUCUUUUUGACUCGAUAAGAAUGCAUUAUAUCUAUUUACCGGAUUAAUAUCUUAUUGAACUUGUAAGAAUGCUCAAUUUCACUCA